AUGGAAAAACCUGCCCGCACUCCCUCCGCCCCCCACCACGUCACGCCGUUCCCACCAUCACCGCUGCUACUCCGUAGUCGAAGCGGUAGUGGCGCUGCCGUGGCAGCUUUAACCACCCCGGAGAGAAGUUCACAUAGGGUUCUUGAGAAGAAAAGCAGAGAUGAUAGCUUUGGCAAGAAACGUGGCGUUGACCCUAAAAAUAAUGUUGAAGCUCCGAAGAAGGCCACAUCCCCGAUGAAAUCACCUUCAGCAUGGGCACUUUCUCCAGGAAGAUGGUCACUCAGAUCUCCGACGUGGUCUCAACCACCGGCCAAAGCAAAUGUUAAUAGCAACAUGAGUGUUGGUGGUGGUGUUAAUAAAGUUUUGAAGUAUUUCAGGCAAAAGAAAGUGUCACCAUUGCAAGAGGAAGAGUACCAUCGGUUUAGGAUUUUGCAGAAUAGACUUCUGCAAUGGAGAUUUAUGAAUGCUAGAGCUGACAUUGCCAUGGCUAAUGUCAAGAAUAUGGCUGAGAUACAAUUGUUUUGUGUGUGGGUUAGAAUGGUGAGGUUGAGAAAGAAAAGAAUGGAGAAAAGAGUUGAAUUAGGAAAGAUGAAGCAUGUGCUGAAGCUUUAUAAAAUUGUGAAUGGACAACUCCAUCUUCUCAAUGAAUGGUCAGAAGUAGAGAGAAGAAAUCAAGAAUCUGUUGCCAGAUUGGCAAGGAAAUUGUCAGCAUCCUCCACCAUAUUGCCUUCAACUCACGUUAAGGGAGACACAGAAUCCAUCUUUGAGGCACUGAAUUCGGCCAUUAAAGUAAUGGAGAGUAUGGAACCUUUAAUCGCAAUAUACCAGACAAAGGGACCAACAUUUCCUAAGAACUUGUUCAAUAGUGCUACAGUUUUGUAA